CUUUCCUCUUGCUCACCCGCACCACCGUGCCUUAAACCCAAACCCUCACCCGCCGCUCGGACCUUCCAGAACUUUCCGCCUCGCCAUGGCGGCCGCCGCAGCCGGGGCGGCCCACGAGGGAUCCGCGCGCAGGAAGAGAGCGUACGCGAGGCCGGAGCUCGAGGCGCUCAGGGGCGCCCCGUCGGAGGAGGCGCAGGUGCGGUUGUGGGCCAAUGUCCGCGCCGCCCUCGCCGCUGCCGGCUUCUCCGGCGAGUACGACGGUCUCCUCGUCGCUGAAGACGAGGAGCCUCGGAGCAGGAGGGGGAGCAAGGGGAGGAAGGCCGCGGGCGGGGGAGGCGCUGGGGCCGGGAGGAAGUGGGGCGAAGAGAGGGCGGCGGCGGCGCCCCGGUUGUCUGGUGUGCUCGAGAUUGGUGCGUGGAGAAAUGGGGAUUUGGGGGUUUCUCACGAGCACUUCUUCGAGGCUGGUGCUCACGACCCUGGUGUGGCGUAUGGAUUAGUUGAAGAGCAGGGUGAAGAUGUGGAGUGUGAAGAUGACAGCGAUGAUGACUAUGAGGGCAUUUUGAAGCCUGCAUUUGCGGUGGACGGGGAUCCUGAUUUCCAGUCUGGAGAGCCUCUUGACGGUUUUGAGUAUCUUCGGCGUGUCAGGUGGGAGGCUAGGCAAAUCCCUAGAGUGAAGGUAGCCAAGGUGGAUUUGAGUGCAGCUAGAAAGGAGCAAACCCCUUAUAUGCCGGAAAUUCCUGACAUACCCAUGUGCUUACCUGAUUUGCGCGCAUCAAAGCAAUGGGAAGAUGCAUUUCUUACCCAUUUUUCUGAGACCAGACUGGUGUUCUCCGAGCUUGUCAGCUCUGAUGAGCCAUCUGUAUCUGGUGGAAUGAAAAACUACACGAAACCUGUAAGCAGCAAGGAAUCACAGACUGAACCAACACUGACAAUGCUUCGCAACAUGGAUGCAGUUGCGAGAGCUGCGACGCUAAGGAGCUACAUAGAUAUGAUCCAGAGUUUGGACUCGCUCUCAAGGAAUAACUGCCUGUGGCUUUUUGCACUCUGUGUAGCCGUGGAUGCUCCCUUGGAUGCAGAGACAUGUGCCUCCCUAAGGUCCUUGCUGCGCAAGUGCGCAACCAUCCUUAUCACAAAGUCGGAGAUGGACGAUGAGGUUGUAAUGCUGAAUAUACUGAUGGCAAUAUCUGGAGUCGGAGAAGGGCGGGCCUGGUGCAGCGGUAGAGCCUACCGUCUGUAACCGGAAGGUCCCGGGUUCGAGCCCCAGCCUCUGCACAUUUGUGUGGGUAAGGCUUGGGGCUUAAAAACAACCCUUCCCCAGACCCCGCACAGUGCGGGAAGCCUACGGCACUCGGUACGCCUUUUUUUUUAUUUUGGACAGUAUGAACAUAGAUGUGAGUAGGAGAUUGUGAUAUCACCGUGGUAAAGCUGCAUUUGUCGCUAUGACUUCUAUUUGGCACAAUAGGUUUGAUGUUUUGAACAAUUAAUUAGAGGAAGAAUAUCUGCGAAAGCCUUAACUGACCCUAUUGCAAUGGCUGAUGUAGGAAAAUGCAUUUGAUAUGGGCGCUGCGACUCUGAAAGUUGGCAUCUGCAGUUCUGGCCGUAUUA